AUGCAGAUUCUAGUUGAUAAUCCAUGGCUCGAACCCUACAAUAACAAAAUACAGGAAAGAAUGAAUGAUUAUCUUAAUGCUAAAGCUUUUAUUUCCCAAAACGAAGGCUCUUUAGAAAAAUUUUCUCAAGCAUACAAAGAAUACGGCAUUCAUAAAGUGGAUGGAGGUAUUAUUUAUAAAGAAUGGGCUCCUAAUGCCGUAGAAAUCCACUUGGUUGGCGAUUUUAACGAUUGGAAUGUCGAUGAUCCAUACACGAAAUGUGUUAAAGAGGACGUUUAUGGCCAUUUUAAAUUAUUUAUACCAGAUUAUGAAGGAAGACCAGUCAUUAUGCACGAUUCCAAAGUAAAAUGCGUAUUAAAACUCAAUAAUGGCGAAACUGUUUGGAGAAUUCCAGCAUGGAUCCAAUAUACACGCCAAAAUGAACAUGAUGUUGAAUACAAUGGUGUCUUUUGGAAUCCUCCUCACAAAUACGUCUUCAAAAAUCCAAAACCAGGACCACUUGAUGACGCAUUGCUCAUCUACGAAGCACAUAUCGGCAUGGCCGGUCCUGAACAUAGAGUUCAUACCUAUAAAGAGUUUGAAAAAAACGUUUUACCCGUUGUAAAGAAGAACGGCUACAAUGCGAUCCAACUGAUGGGAAUUAUGGAACACCCAUACUAUGGUUCCUACGGUUACCAAGUCACAAACUUCUUCGCUGUCUCAUCUCGCUUCGGUACGCCAGAUGACUUGAAAUCCCUCAUAGAUACAGCCCACUGGAUGGGUAUUUGUGUCUUCCUCGACCUCGUACACUCCCAUGCUUCAAGAAAUGUCUCUGAAGGUCUGAAUUAUUUUGACGGGUCAGAACAUCAGUACUUCCAUCCAGGCGAGCGUGGAAAUCAUCCUUUCUGGGACUCAAGAUGCUUCGAUUACGGAUCAUAUGAAGUCAGACGCUUCUUAUUAUCGAAUGUCAGAUUUUAUCUCGAAGAAUACAAUUUUGAUGGCUUUAGAUUUGACGGUGUUACAUCAAUCCUCUACGUUGAUCAUGGAAAGAAGUUCGAUUACUCAUCCAUCAACGAAUAUUUCGAUGAUAAUGUUGACAGGGACGCAAUUACAUAUUUAAUGCUCGCAAAUGAUAUCAUCCACAGCUACGAUCGCAAUGCCAUUACAAUUGCCGAAGACGUCUCCGGAAUGAUCGGAAUUGCUCGUUCGAUCAAAGACGGCGGAAUCGGUUUUGAUUACAGGCUCUCCAUGGGCGUGCCAGAUUUGUGGAUCAAAAUGCUGAAAGACCAAUGGGAUGAAGAAUGGGAUAUGGAAAACCUUGCUAAAGAGUUAUUGAACAGACCAUACAAAGAAAAGACAAUUGCUUAUUGUGAAUCACACGACCAAGCACUUGUUGGCGAUAAAACAAUUGCUUUUUGGCUGAUGGACGCUGAAAUGUACACAAACAUGUCCUGUUUGAAGCCAGAAACGGUCUGUAUCGCAAGAGGAAUUGCUCUUCACAAACUCAUUCGUUUCAUUACUUUCACAUUAGGUGGACAAGGAUAUUUGAAUUUUAUGGGUAAUGAAUUUGGUCAUCCUGAAUGGAUUGACUUCCCUCGUGAAGGAAAUAACUAUUCAUACCAACACUGCAUCAGACAAUUCGAUCUUCCUGUUACUGACCACUUAAGAUACAAAUAUCUUUUAAGAUUUGACAACGCGAUGCUUAGUCUUGAGCAGCGUGAACAUUUCUUGUCUUCUGAUAAUAUUAAUCUUAUUCUAAGUGAUAAUGAAAGCAAAGUUAUUGCUUUCGAGCGCGGAAAUCUCUUAUUUGUUUUUAACUUCCAUUCUACAUUCUCUUACUCCGAUUUCGAAGUUGGUGUCAGUCAGCCUGGUGACUACAAAUGCAUCCUCUCGUCAGAUGAUGACUGGUUUGGCGGUCACAACUGCAUUGAUAAAAAUGUCACCCAUACUUCGUUCAUGGGACCAUGGCAGGGAUGCCCCCAUAAGAUUCCUUUGUAUAUCCCUUGCAGAACUGCAUCUGUUUAUAAGAAGUUUUAA